CGAGAAGCACAUUGAAACAUUUACGGUAGAAUCUGUAGCGGUAGACUUUUAGCCAGUAGAAAACCUAACAAAGAUGUUAACAUUUAUUUACUGAUUACUUAAUUACUGAUCGUACAAUGAAAAAAUAGCUACCUAGCUAACAAGGACGCAAUUAAAACUGAGAACCUUUACAAGGGAGCAAUCCCCCUGUUGUUAGCUUAAAAAAUAGCAACAACAAUGUCGCUAACAGUUCCUGUAAUUGACGUCCAUAAUGAUAAUUUCAAAGAGCUUUGGCCUGCUUUGAUUGUUGCCAUUAAAACGUCGUCCUUCAUUGCUCUCGAUACAGAGCUGAGUGGUCUGGGCAACAGAAAGUCCUUGCUGGCCGAAUCCAUAGAGGACAGAUAUAAGGCGAUAUGUAAUGCUGCUCGCUCUCGCUCAAUCCUCUCCUUGGGAAUUGCCUGCUACAAAAAACUGGAUGAAAAGGCAGCAGACACUUACCUUGUCCAGGUGUAUAACCUCACCCUGUUGUGCUCAGAGGAGUACAUCAUAGAACCCCAGUCAGUCCAGUUUCUUGUGCAGCACGGAUUUGACUUUAACAAACAGUACAGCCAUGGUAUCCCUUACUGCAAGGGGAACAGUAAGGGAGUAGCAGAUUAUUGUGGUGUUCACAUACGAGCGUUGUUCGUUGGACUGCUGCGUGCCAGGAAACCCCUGGUGUUACACAAUGGCCUCAUCGACAUGGCCUUCCUAUACCAGAGUUUUUAUGCUCAACUCCCUGAGCGCUUGGCCACCUUCACCGCCGACUUGUCUGAGAUGUUUCCUGCUGGUCUUUAUGACACCAAAUACGUGACUGAGUUUGAGCUCCGACUGACAGCCUCUUAUCUGGAGUAUGCCUAUAAGAAAUGUAAGCUGGAUAACAGUCGCAGUGUCACAUCUGGUUCAACAAGUCCUCAUGUUCACAUUGAGUUUUGUCAGUAUUCUGCUCACAUGUCCACCUAUGUGGACUACAGAGAGUGUCCAGCUGUAGAUUCCUCAGAGGGACAAUCUGACAUCUGCCAGCGCUUCUCUGCUUUCGGCUGGUGUCCAAAUGGCACCAAGUGUCUAUUGUCCCACAAUACAGACCUCAUCGUUCUGCAGGAUGAGAAGCACAAGGAUGACAAGAAGAAGCGGAAGCGACGGAAAGCGAAAAAAAGAGGUAGAGAAGAGACGACAGAGGGGUCCUCCGCCUUUGACGGCGUCCCUGUAAACAAAAUGCCAAACUUGGAAGUGGAUAAAAAAGAAACGUCAAGCGAUCAACAAGAAGCAGCUGCUGAGCCACUCCCAGACACCGCACCUCCGAUGGACAUGGAUGGAAACAGCAAACAAGAUCAAGGGCAGGAUAUGAAAACUGCUAGCGAGGGAAAUGGAACGUGUGAAGACAAAGCAGAUGUUGUAAACCCUGAAACAACGGCCGCAGCUGAUGAAAACCGAACAGGAGCAGACGACAGGUCUGACGACGCUCAGAGGAAGAAGGCUGACACAGGAACACAUCGGGCAGGGUUUGAUGCCUACAUGACAGGAUAUAUCUUUGCCUUCUCUUGUGCUCUUCACAAGAAGGACGAGGUUAGGGCAGAAGGAGAAGAGGUGGAGCAGUCGUGGCACCCUAACUGUGUAAAUAAAAUCUAUCUCAGUGGAAAGGCAGCUCCUCUCAAUAUAGUUAAAAGCACCUUCUCCAAAUCUUCCAAGGCUCACGUCCAGAAGAUGGAAAUGGUGUGGGGUGGAAAAAUAUAAAUUUUCUACUCGUUUUUUUAUUUUUUUUUAUUUUAAUUUUUUUAAUUUAAUUUUUUUAAUUUUUAUUAUGCAUCAAUAACUUUUGUGCUUGGGUACAUUCAACAGAGUAAACAUUAUAAUUUUGUAUGACAGACUUGUCAUAAUAUUAAUAGGAAAUCAGGCCUGACUGCCAUUAUUUCAUCAUUUAAAUGAACACUUUUUAUAAUUUAAUAAAAGUU